GAUGAAACAUGAGAAAAAUUUCUCAAUUUGUGGACUGGCAUGGCACCCCAAAUAUAAGCAAAUUGCUUAUACAGAUACUGAAGGAAAUCUGGGCUUGUUGGAAAACAUCGGUGAUGGAAAGAAACCAAGUGACAAGGUUGCCAGUACAGUGACAAAAGACUACAAUGAUCUCUUUGAUGGAGAUGACGACUAUUUAAGUGGAGAUAUGAUUGAACCACAGUCUUCCCCAAAGGCUGGAGCUAAUGACGAUGAUGGUGAUGAUGAUGACCUUAUGCCAACUUCAGGGCAUCCGAGACGGGCAAUAAUUGAUGAUGAUGAUAACUCACUAGACAUCGGGAUGAUAAAAGCUAAUUCCAAUCUUCUUGAAAAGGAAGAUGACGAUGAUGAUCAGACUGGUGGCUUUCCAGCUUUGCCACCAUCAUCUACACAGCAGCCUUUCUAUGACGGGCCAAUGCCAACCCCCAGGCAAAAGCCGUUCCAGUCUGGCUCCACUCCUGCACAUCUCAUGCAUCGUUUCAUGGUAUGGAAUUCUGUUGGUAUCAUUCGCUGUUACAAUGAUGAGCAAGACAAUGCUAUAGAUAUAGAAUUUCAUGAUACCUCCAUACAUCAUGCAACACACCUGCCAAACUCUCUGAAUCACACGAUGGCUGACCUCUCUACUGAAGCUAUUUUACUAGCCUGUGAGAGUACAGAGGAACUUGCAAGCAAGCUCCACUGCAUUCAUUUUAGCUCAUGGGAUGCAAACAAGGAGUGGACAGUAGAUAUGCCAAAGGACGAAGACAUUGAGGCCAUCUGUCUAGGGCAAGGCUGGGCUGCCUGUGCCACUAGUGCCUUGCUAGUUCGUGUGUUUACAGUUGGAGGAGUUCAGAAAGAGAUCUUCAGUCUCCCAGGUCCAGUGGUGUCUAUGGCAGGACAUGGAGAGCAGUUGAUGAUUAUUUAUCACAGAGGUACUGGGUUUGAUGGCGAUCAGUGCCUCGGAGUACAGCUGAUGGAGCUAGGAAAAAACAAAAAACAAGUUUUGCAUGGAGACCCUCUUUCUCUUACAAAGAAAUCCUAUUUGAUAUGGGUUGGAUUCUCUGCAGAAGGUACCCCUUGUUACGUGGAUUCUGAGGGAAUUGUGCGGAUGUUGAACCGGGGACUUGGAAAUACUUGGAUUCCCGUGUGUAACACGAGAGAGCAUUGCAAAGGAAAAUCUGAUCAUUACUGGGUAGUUGGCAUCCAUGAAAAUCCCCAGCAGCUCAGGUGUAUUCCUUGUAAAGGAGCCCGAUUCCCUCCUACGCUACCACGGCCUGCUGUAGCAAUAUUAUCUUUUAAACUUCCUUACUGUCAAGUUACAACAGAAAAGGGACAGAUGGAGGAGCAAUACUGGCGUUCCGUUGUAUUUCACAACCACCUGGAUUACUUAUCAAAAAAUGGCUACGAACUUGAUGAAAAUACUAAAAAUCAGUCAGUGAAAGAACAGCAAGAACUUUUAAUGAAACUGUUUGCCCUUUCUUGUAAACUGGAGCGUGAAUUUCGUUGUAUGGAACUUGCUGACCUCAUGACACAAAACGUUGUGAAUUUAGCUAUCAAGUAUGCUUCUCGCUCUCGAAGACUAAAUUUAGCUCAGCGACUUAGUGAAAUGGCGGUAGAGAAAGCAAGUGAGUUGGCAACAGCACUGGAAGAUGAAGAGGAGGAAGAGGAUUUCCGAAAGCAUUUGAGUGCUGGUUACAGCAACUCUGCCACGGAGUGGAGUCGGCUGUCAGUCAGAAAUGUUGCAAAACAGCAGGACCAAGAAAUGGAAGAUGCUGAGGAAACGGAUGCCUAUGAGGAAGUAGAAGCAACACCAGAAGUGCAUGAAAAGAGGCCAAAUCCUUUCUCCAAAGUUGUCACUUCAGCAGAGGUGACUACUCCGAAGUCUGUUGUAAUUGCAUCAAGCAGCCAAGGACGAGUGAAUCCCUUUAAGGUGUCAUCUAACAAAAAGGACCCAGUUGUCCACUCAGCAAAUGUUCUAGAUACUAUGAGCAAAUACUCAAAGAAAACCUCUUUGUCUAGCAGUCGAGCUGUAAACAAGCAGAACCCUCCAGUUAUAAAGCCUCUGAUUCCCAAACCCAAGUCCAAGCAGGCUUUAGCAGCCUCCUUCUUCCAGGCUCGUACACCUAACUCUAGUGAAAAAACAGUGGAAGAAAGAGAAGAAAAAGCAGGAAAUGAGUCCCAUGAAGUCAAAGUCACUGCACAGGAGAACACUGAAAACAAAAGACCAAAGACAGGUUUCCAGAUGUGGCUAGAAGAGAACAGAGCAAACAUUUUGACAGAUAAUCCUGAUCUGAAUGAAGCAGAAGUAAUAAAAGAAGGCAUGAGUCGAUUUAGAAUGCUGUCAUCAGAAGAAAGAAUGGCGUGGACUGAGAAAGCAAAAGGAGGAAUGCUUAAUGAUUUAACAGAAGAUAAAAAGCGGAAGCAUCCCACAGCUGAUGAAGAUGAAGCGAAAAAGAAUCAGGACCAAAAAUCGGAGGACUCAAAUUUACCCAAAAAACCAAAGCCUUUAGAUCAAUCUACAAAUGUCAGAUUGUCAGCUUUUGCAUUCAAGCAAAGCUAA